AUGCAUAAGUACGAUUUUCAUUUUUUUUCGCAAUCAAAGCAGCGUCUGGCAGUAUCGGACCGCGGCCUUGCGCCGGGCGGCCAUGAGCAAACUCCUGCGCCAGCAGCAGUGUUUCCCAACCGCUCCUCGUCGGAACUUCUACAGGGCAAUACUACAGCUAAGUCCGGGCCGCGCGCGGCCAACUCCCUGGUCGUAACCAGUCCGAGCAACAUAACAGCAGCAGCCGACAAGAAUAGAAUCGAAGCAGAUGAUGAUGUUGACGUCCUAUUAUUUGCAAAAGUAUAGUACUCCCUCGUAUAAAUGCAGUACAAAUUUCCUUAGCAUGAGAAAUAAAAUUUGUAUAUGCAGAUUUACCCUUAAGAAAGAGAUUUGUAAUGCAUGAUUGCAAUGCGAGUACGAUACUUUUGCACAGGAUACGUCCUUCGUGACGACGAGGUCGAGAAAAGGAAAACAGCACCUGCUCGUCUACCCGGGAACAAACUAUCCUGUGCAAAAGUAUCGUACUCGUAUAAAUGCAAGUCUUGCAUUACAAAUAUUUUUAUUUAGGUAAAUCAGCAUGACAAAUUUUAUUUCUCAUGCUGUGAUGCAUUUAUACGAGUGCGAUACUUUUGCAGUUCAUACAAACUGCUCCAGAGUGAAUCCUCAUCCGGCGCAACGAUGUCGUCGAAGGUAAAAACACUAGCCGAUAGUACUUCUACAAAGACAACCCCGUUUUUCUGCAGGAGCCGAAACUCCGAAAAGGGUGCGGAUUGCAGUGUACAUGAUGGUGCGCAGGACGCUUGCACGGCGGAUACCGAUAACGAGUGUUUAUCAAAUAAAAACAUCAUGGCUGGGUCUGGAUAUAUGCUGAAGUUUGUCAUGCUGUUUGUGUUUUUCUUUUUGUGUGGCCGCCGCCGCCAAGAAGUUCUAAUUUGCACGGCCCAGCAGUACUACAGGGUCUAGCGCAAUAGCUUUGCAAUGCCUAUUCUGCAUGACACAUCCUUUCCCAGGGUGGCCAAAAGUGGGCCACAGGUUUUGACACUCGUGCAUUGCAGAUUUUUGUGCGAGUGCGGCAGAGAGAGUCACAAGUUUCCAUCUUCCCAGAUCCAGACAUAUUUGCAAUGCAUACUGUCUGUGGACGAGCAAGACCAUGGUCUAUGUGAUGAUUAUCCUGUUGAGGAAAAGCGCCCCAAUGCCAAGUAGUUUGUGAUGCAAAUCUGUAUGCCUGAGACGAAUAGAUGCGUCUCAUGCGCAACCACACGAAAAGCUUGUUGUAAUCGCUAUCUGGGUGGAGCAGUAAAUAAAUCAGGAAAAGGCGGCCGAUUUAUUUUGAUGCAGCUACAAUAGCUAAGCUAUCAGGAUGACGCUGCGAUCCCACACUUUUAUUAAUGCGACGUGACAACCAGCAAAUGCAAAACAAAGCUGUUGCUUUGUGUAAGUCUAAGUAAAAUAGUUAUGCAUCUUGACUUUGACUCUAGGUCUGGUUCCGGGGACGUUUUUGCCCGGGAUAGCGAUUCGCCUCUCUUCUAUCGGCAAAGACACAAACCUGAUCGACGACUGCGUCACGAAGGCCGAAAGCUACUACUCGAACUGCCUCUACCUGGAGCCGAGCAUGGAAGUUCCCGACGACGACAUCAUUCCAGGUGACUGCCAGCACGACCCCUGCAAAUCGUCGCACACCGCCUGGAAGGACGCCUGCGGCGUCGACGCAGACGUACUGAAACCCGACUCGCUGCUCUUCCUGCAGCAAAUGGCCGGGCUCUGCGACGUAUCAAAUGGAAAAGUGUCUGGGUCUGGAAGAAUGCAUGGGUGUCAUGCCAGCUUUUUGGUCUGGAAGAAUGCAUGUGAAAAAUGAAGCUUUUGGGUAACAUGCAUGACAGUCAUGCACGUUACCCAAAAGCUCCAUUUUUCUGUGAUGCAGAAACGCAGUCUGUCAUGCAGAAUAGGCAACACCUAGAACAGAAGCUCAGAAACUUGUCAUGCUGAGCCAGCGCUUGUGGCCUCAUCAUGAGACGCCACCCAGCAUCACGAGUGCCCAGACCCAGACAUUUUUGCAUUUGAUACGACGUGGAGCCGCCGUCCACCUGGGCCGACCGAUUGUGCAACGGGGCCUUCGCGAGCUGCGACGCGGCGGCCUGCGAAGACCACGUACUGGGGCCGUGUUUCGGGAAAGUGGGAAGUGACGCGUUCGAUCCGGACGAGGUCCACGAUAUCAAAUGCAAAAAUGUCUGGGUCUGGAAGAUUGCGAGAUUUGUCAUGCUUGUCUGGUGGCAUGACAAAAAAGCUUGUAAUGCGUGUCCAAGAAGAGACCCUUUUGCCUGUCAUGCAAAAACGCAGUUUCUCAUGCGAAAAACGCAAUACAAAGAAGCGCAGAUAUUUCUCAUGCUUGGCUGUGCAUUACAGUGCAUUCACUAUUCCCAACACAGCAUUACGAGUUUCCAGACCCAGACAUUUUUGCAUUUGAUAUACGACGACGAGGAACGGUUUCGGUGUCUCCAAAUCUCGCAGAGCUGCUUCUGCGGACUAUUACAAUGAAAAAUGUGCCCACCCCAGAACUUGGGAGCAUUUGUAUUGCAAACCGUUCCAAAUGAAACAUUCGCCCUCUUGCGUCUAUCAGCAUGACAGAUUUCUUAUCGUGAAUAGCAAAAACCUGCAUUGCAAAAGACCCCAGCAAGAGCGGCGCUUGUCAUGCAAGCGAUGCUAUAUACAUCUCAUGCUCAUCUAGACUUCGCGUCAGAAAGAUUCAUUCUCUUUUCAUGCAUGACAAAGAGUUUUCUUUUGGAAACUUCGCAUCACAAAUUAUUCGCAACUUUUGGGGCGGGCGCAUUUUUCACUCUGAUAUGGGCUGAAGGCGUUUCAAGACGCCGGGUGCGACUUGGCGAAAAAGAAGAUAAUCGACCUGAAAGCGGAUGUUAGUGAGGUAUCGGACGUGAAAAAAGUUGAAACUGUAUUUAGAAGUCAUCCAGUGAGGCCAGACCAGGAAGGGGAGCGCGCGGGGCCCGGCCGGGGCGCGGGAGGUGCUGUGCCGCUGGUCUGA